AUGGCUUCCGUUUAUCUCCUCAAACGGAUCAUCAACCGAAGGCAACUCUCUAGUAUAAAUUUCCCUCCUAAAACUGACCACUAUGAAGCAAGCUCAGCCAAGCAUUGGAUAACAAUCACAUUGUUUCUUCAAGGGAAAUCCAUGAUGGCAAGAGCAGAGGAGCAGAGACCGCGAUGGACCGAAGAAGAAGACCAUAAGCUCAUUGAAUGUAAAAGCAGAAACCCCCAUCUAUCUUGGCCAAAUAUCGCAAUGCUGGCAGGGCUGGAGAGGAGUGGCAAGAGUUGUAGGGAGAGGUGGAAUAACAGUCUGACGGAAGACAAUACCCUGCAGUGGCUUCAUGGGAAUAGGGCGAGCCGCUGGAACAACCAAUUGAAGAAGAAGCUUGGGAUAAGUACUCAUCAGAAUAUUCCUGACCCACAAAGCUCGUUCAUCUCAACCAGAAUAUUCCAAACGCAAGCUCCAUUUCUACACCCAUUUCAGCCUCACAAGAACUCGCCAACCCUUGCUUCAGAAGCCUAG